AUGAGAAUUUCUUCUGUAUAAGAAUUUAAAGAGAAUUUCAAAUAAGAACUGCAAGGACUUCAAUUAAGUAAAGAAUCUUGAUUGUAAGAGUGCUCUGAAUAUUAUAAUAGUGAUGUAUGGAGAGGAGUAUUUUAUUAAUGUGUUUGAGUUUUUAAGUCUGAAAUUAAAGUAAAAUAUAGGUUUGGAGAAGGAAUAUCUAUGA